AUGGGUGGCCUGACCACCCUGAUGGGCUGCGUCCCUGGGCAGGUCGCUGGCGCUCUGGGCGCCGCCCUUGCCCGCGUGAGCGCCGGGCCAGCUUUAGCCCGUUCCCCGCUCUCAGCCCAGUCCCAGCGCCAGCAGCUUCGUCUGCUCUCCUUGGAGACGGAGGGAACUGAGGAUCUUUCUGUCUGUCUCUUUGUCUCCUCUAUCUCCUAUCUACAUUCUGUUUUCCCUCUGUCUCUGUCUUUAUCUCUGUCUCUCCCUCUCCAUUCUCUUCUCCUCUGUCUCUCUCUGUUUCUGUUUGUCUCUCUGUCUCUUUCCUCUCUCUCCAUCUCUGUCACUUGCCAUUCUUUCUUUUCUUCUUUGUGUCUUAAUCUCUUUUCUGCAUCUGUCUCCUCUCUCCAUCUCUCUCUAUUACAUCUCUCCUCCAUCUUUCCCUCUGUCUCUAUUUCCUCUCUGUUUCUGUCCCACUACAUUCUUUCUCUUUGCUUUCUGUGUCUCUCUUCCCUCUAUUUCUCACCUCUCUGUCUCCUCCCUCCCUCUCUGUCUCUGUCCCUCUCCAUUCUUUCUCCUUUCCUCCUCUGUGUUUCUAUCUUUCUGUCUCUCUCUCCUCUGUCUUUCUCUCUGUCUCUGUCCCCAUCCCUCCCUCUCUCUGUCUCUGUCUCUCUCUCCCUCUGUCUCUGUCCCCAUCCUUUCUCCCCUCCUCCUCUGUGUCUCAGUCUCUUUUUUUCUCCGUCUCCUCCCUUUGUCCCAUCCAGCUCCCUCCGGUCCCCGCCUCUGCCUCCUCCCUCCCUCCGGUUUUCUCACCUCUUCUCUUUCCAAGCAGCCAUCCUCCUGGAGACCCCCAGUCCUGCCUCUGCCCGCCUGCCUGGCACGCUGCGACAUGCCCGGGCCACCAGGCACCAGGUGGGGGCCCAGGGGGAGGAGGAGCAGAAAGGAGAUGCGGAGGAGGAUGCUGAGGACGCGGCCGCCCCGGACCUGGGCUCCCUCCUGGCCAGCGACAGGCUGAACCUUGACGUCUACCCCGGGGGCUGCGGGCUUCUGCUGCGUCUGCUGCGGGAGGGCAGCCCGCGCCUGCAGCAGGUCCGGUUCCUGCGACUGAACUGCAACGAGGAGCAGAUCGGGGCCGCCCUGGCCACCCUCCCCAGCCUCCAGCGCCUCCGUUCUCUGGUCCUCAAAGGGGGGUACCUUCGUGAUGACUGGGGCUCUUGCCUGCGGGGCUCCCUGACCACGCUGCCCUCCUGCCUGAGCGACCUGGCGCACCUCGCCCACCUGGAUCUCAGCUUCAACAGCCUGCAGGCGCUGCCAGCCUGCGUCCCCCAGAUGAGCGGCCUGGAUGCCCUGCUGCUCAGCCACAACCUGCUGGAGAGCCUGCCCGAGGCCCUGGGUGCCCUGCGUGCCCUCACCUUCCUCUCCGUGUCCAGCAACUGUCUGCGGGCGCUGCCGGCGGGCAUGGCCGGGCUGACUGCCCUGCAGCAGCUGGACCUCUCUGAGAACCAGCUGGAUGCGGUGCCCGAAGAGAUCGGAGCCCUGAGCAGCCUCACUCAGCUCAACCUGGCCUCCAACCGCCUCCGGAGCCUCCCCGACUCCAUGGCCAGCCUCCAGUCUCUGCAGCAGCUGCUCCUGCACAGCAACUUCCUAGUCUCUGUCCCCCCGAGCCUCGCCCGCCUCCCGCUCCUCGCCCGGCUCGACCUGAGGGACAACAGGCUUCGGGCCGUGCCCCGCGAGAUCCAGGAAGCCCCCUUCGUGCGACUGCAGGGGAACCCCCUCGGGAUGCCUGAGCCGGUCCCGGCAGCGCCUCCAGGGGAAGACCCGGCCCUGGAAGUUCCCAGAGUCCUGCUGGCCUCGGAUGUAGACAGUUUCAGCGUGACCUCCCGUGGAUGCUCCGUGGCCCUGGCCUGUGGGGUCCGCCUGCUCUUUCCCCCGGGCGCCACCGCUGCUCCGACCACCGUCUCCUACCGCCAGCUGCCCCCGGAGCCUCGCCUCGUGCGGCUGGGCCCCCACGACGCCCUGCUCAGCGCCGUCCUGGAGCUGCGGCCCCACGGGACCCCCUUCCGACAGGAAGUCCACCUGUGGCUGCCCUUCGUGUCUCCCCGUGCUCGGCGUGGCCGUCAAGUGGUGGUCAGGACCUUGAGCGGCCACACCUGGAAGGAUCUGGACACGCGCUUGGAGCGGGAAGAAAAGCCCAAGCGGCUCUGGGCCAGCUGCCAAGUACCUCACUUCUCCUGGUUCCUGGUGGUCUCUCGUCCCACGGAAGACAGCUGCUUAGUGCCCCAACAGGGGGCCCUUCUCUGCUCCUCGGCCAACCCCGAGGUCAAGGUCAUCUUCCCAGCUGGGGUCACCGCCGAGCCCCGACACGUGCGCAUGCAGGUGGUGAGAGUGCCAGGCUGGGCUCUGGGCGCAGACGGCCACACUGCCACCAGCCCCCUGCUCUGCCUGUCCCAGGACGGCCCCCAGUGCUUUCUCCGCCCGGUCACCGUCCAGCUGCCCCUGCCCCCCGGCAUCACAGGCCUGAGCCUGGACCGGAGCCAUCUGCAUCUGCUGCACGGGGAUCCUCAGGUCCCGGCGUGGGACGACAUCACAGCCCAGGUGGCUCUGGAGCUCACCCACCUGUACGCCCGCUUUCAGGUCACACACUUCUCCUGGUACUGGCUCUGGUACACCACCAAGAGCUGCGUGGAGGGCCUGGCCCGCAAGGUCUACGAGCGGCUGCGGCUCUACCGGGUGAACUUCAUCGCGCUGCAGAGGCGGCGGGACCCGGAGCAGGUGCUGCUGCAGUGCCUGCCGGGAAAGAAGGUGGAACCCACCCUGAGGAGGCUGCACCCCAGGUACCGCGGCCCCGAGCCCUCCGACACCGUGGAGCUCUUCGAAGGCGAGCAGUUCUUUGCUGCAUUUGAACGCGGAAUCGAUGUUGAUGCUGAUCGCCCCGACUGCGUGGCUGGAAGGAUCGCCUUUGUCUUCUACUCUCACCUAAAGAACAUGAAGGAGAUUUAUGUGACGUCCACUGUGGACAGGAAGGCGCGGGCGGUGAAGGGGCAGGUAUCCUUUUACCGAGGGGCGGUGCCCCAGGCUGUUCCGGAGGAAGCUGUGCGGAGGCGCAAAGGUCCGGAUGCCCUGUGGCUUGCCACGCUGCCCAUCAAGCUGCCCAGGUUGCCCCCUGGAGAAGGGCAGGCUCCCCUGGAGGGGCUGACCUUAGCCUCCCUGAACCUGGGCGAUGCCGAGAGUGGCUUCCUGACGCAGAGCAACCUUGUGACAGUGGCCAGCCGGCUGGGGCCAGACUGGCAAAGUGUGGCUCUCCACCUGGGCCUCUCCUACCCGGAGGUGCAGCGGAUCCAGUACGCGUACAGAGACGACCUGGAUGGACAGGUCCGCCACAUGCUGUUCUCCUGGGCCGAGCGCCAGGUCGGGCGUCCGGGCAGCGUCCGGCAGCUGCUGGAGGCCCUGGAGCAGAGCGAGCGCCAUGACGUGGUGGAGGAGGUGCGGGCCAUCCUGGAGCUGGGCCGCACCAAGUACCGGGAGUCCAUCCACAGAGUGGGCCUGGCCUCCGAGGAGGACCCCCUCAGUGCCAUGGCCUAGGGCUGCCCCAAGGUGGGCAGGCCCCACCCAGCCGAGACGCAAGGGGGGCACGGGGACGAGCCUCGCUUCUCCUUGGACCCUCAGCUGUCCUUGAUCCGAGCGAAGGAGCGGCCCGAUCUGCAUUUGUCGCGGGGUGGCGCGCUGCAGCAAGACAACUCCCUGAUUUCACCCCCCAGCCUUCUGCCUCUGUAAACUCGCCAUCUCAGCGGGCCCCUUGUCCGGCUCCACCAAUUCGCUCCCCAAAGAAUGGCGGCGAGGGCCGUCUCUCCUCCCCCUCACCUGGAUACGCCUUCUGCCACCAUCCUGUCCUGUGCCUGCCGAGAGGAGACUCCUUUCCCCUCCAUGGAUAAUCCCUCCCAGCCGGCUUCCUCCACGGCCCCUUUUUUGUCAUCCCCCUGUCUCCACUCUCCCAUUUGACACAUGCUCACUUGGGACAGCUGCUGCUUCCCAGAAGAUGGUGGGGCUGCUUGAUUUUGCCUCCUCCCGCCCCGGUGUAGACCCUGCCUCCUCACACUGGGCUCCCGCAGUAGCUGCCCGUGGGCCUGCCCCCCUCGGGCCUUCUGCUCUAGUCUAUCCAGCCUUUAUCGGUUAUCACAAAGGGCAGCUCGGACCACGGUCACCACCCUAGCCCUACUCCACUGGCUCCAGGGCUCCCUGUCAAAGGCCCUGGUGUCAAAAGCCCUUCAUAAAAAUCUGGGUCCCACUUUCCAGACCUUUCAUGCUGUGCCUGCCCCCCCAUGGGCUCUCCCCCAGGCCUAACAUGCUCUCCCUUUUCCUCUCUGGGGUCCCCUGGCUAAGAUCCGGCCUCCUUCCACGGAGCCUUCCCCUCCCAAAGCCCAUUGUCGAACUCCUGCCUGGGUCUUGUUGCCUCCCUCUUUAGACUGGAAGCUCCUUGAGAGCAGGGGCUGCCUUCCCCUUUGUAUUUUCAGCGCUUAGCCCAGUGUCUGGCACAUAGUAGGUGCUUAAUAAAUGUUUAUUGACCUCU